CCUCACUUGAGGACAUACAUACAGUGUACCUUAACUAAAACGAUCUUCACAGCAUCUCCCUUCAGCUUCCAAAAACCUGCCUUGUCUCAGCUGGUCAUCCGCCAAAGCAAUGAGAUCGACAUUUGUCCAUUCUACCCCUGUUCCUUCAGCUGAACCAUUUCCCUGGCUUCGCAGCCCAGCCCCGCUUCAACAAAAGUACUACACUGCACGCAAUUGAUCCGAUGACUACCUAUACAGACAGCCGGGGGCCCAUAAUAUACAAAAUAUGCAGCUUGGCGAAUGUCUUGCCUAUAAAGUCUGUUACACCGCAUACUAGGGUUUUCGGUCCGUCGGCGGGAAUUGCGAGCGAAAGGUAUGUUCGAGACCACUUGAAUCAUGCACCACCACUAACUAGUCAAUUACUGGUGGGACAUUACUUUCUCUCUCGUAACAAGAUUCGGUUUGUCGCAUGACAUUGCUGAUCCCGGCAAGCUUAUACGCAACAUGGCAUCUCAACCGUGGAAUCGAGUGCUUGCGCUUCAUUCCGAUUUGACGGACCCAACACCGGGCCUCGUGGUCUUUGUGAUCUACGGGAAGCGAUUCUACAUGAUGAAGCAUGUCCUAGGAACUGUAUAUCUCCUCGGAGUUCGAGUCCUUGUGGCUUGUGUAUAUAAUUGCGAUGGCUGGUUCAGCGCUCUUCUCCGUUAUAUCUUCCGUCUUACAUUAGCUUACUGUUUCAGGCUCUUGUAGAUGCACAUACCUGUGAUUUACCCCACAAUGAACACGGCAUUCAGCUCCUUAUAUUGUACCAAGAGUCGUUUCGCGUCUGUGGCUACUGUUCGGGGAACCAGACGGCUUGCGCCUCGACUGCGCUCCAGCCCAUCCCCACUCCGGAGUCCACUCCUCGCAAGACAUAUCUCAACCAAAUCUACGGAAGGCAUCGCAAGGGAUCGAAGCAAUAAUGGUACUCGGGUCAAAUAUGUCCUGUUCCUUUCCACCGCCGCCACGCUCAGCUGGUUCCUCUACGCUCAACAGCAAGGCGCUGUCCGGCUAGACAGCGACAAGAAAUACUCCACCCACCCGGACCCCUUAGCUCCCAAAAACGGGAUUCAAGAUGCACAGAAAAAGACACCCAAAUCCCUAGAUGAUUUGGACCUCCCAAUCGAGAAAGCAAUCCUCACUACCGCCCCCAACGUCCCCCCACCGAUCACACGCGACUACCCAGUGCUCCUAGACGUGGACCUCACAACCGUCAGCAAACUGGAGCAACUAACCAACCAAUACAAAUACGAGAAAUGGACGUUCAACAACAGCGUCCCGGGGCCGUUCAUCCGGGCGCGCGUCGGCGACGUCCUCAACCUGAGAAUAACCAACCACGACGAAUCCGGCAUGCCGCACAACAUCGACUGCCACGCCUUCGUGGGACCUGGGGGCGGCUCUGCGCUGACGACUGUCAACGAAGGCGAGACCAAGACCGCACGAUUCAAGCUCCCAAACCCCGGGCUCUACAUCUACCACUGCGCCGUGGGCCCCGUGGGCGUGCACAUCGCCAACGGCAUGUACGGGCUGCUGUACGUGCAGCCGGAGCAAGACCUGCCGGCCGUCGACAAGGAGUACUACGUGAUGCAAAGCGAGUUCUACCACGAGCCGCCCGAAGCCGACGACGACGGACAGAUGUCCUCGACGGUCGAGUUCUCGUGGCCGCAUGCGCUGCGCGAAGCCGCCGACGUGGUGGUCUUCAACGGCAGCGAGGCAGCCCUCACCGAGAAGCCGCUCAAGGCUUCGCUCGACGAUACCGUUCGCAUCUUCUUCGGCAAUGGGGGCCCGAAUUUCACCAGCUCGUUCCAUGUCAUCGGGACCUGUUUCAGUAAGGUGUAUCGCGAUUCGGAUGUGCUGAGUCCGCCGGCGCAGUGCGUGCAGACGGUCAGUGUGCCCGCGGGUGGGUCGACUAUUGUGGAUAUGAAGAUGGUCGUCCCGGGGACGUAUACCAUAGUGGAUCAUGCCAUUUUUCGUCUGGAGAAGGGCGCCAAGGGGUUUUUGAAUGUUUCGGGGGAGCCGCGGCCGUCGCUGUACUAUAGUGCGCAGCCGCCGCAGCCCUGUGAGGGUUGUAAGCUCCACCCUUGAAUUGGGAUUGCAUAAUAGCCGGCGUCCAGUAUAUAUGCAUGGUAGUG